UCGUCUGAGACAUCAUCGCGCUCGGAAGCUUCUGAAACCACUUCGCGGAUCAUUCGAAGUUCCGAAACACUUGACUCCUUAUUUGCCAACUGUUAAGGAAUCAUAAUGUCGUACCUUGGCCUGUGUUUGCUGCUGCUAUCAUCAGCAACGGCGUUGGCGUUUUACAACGAAGUUGAUGGUUCUUCAGUGACCUCGCCCGUGCCGUGUGGGUCGUGGGUUUGGAUUCCCACAGGGGCCAGUGUCACUUUCACCUCGCCUAAUUACCCCGACGACUAUACCUGGACGAAGUGUUACUGGAAGUUUUACGCUAACUCCUCUGACGCCCAGAUUGAGAUCAACUGCUCAGACUUCCAGCUUCAGGAUAGUGUUCUAGGAGUGUGUCUCAGUGAUGUACUCACCAUAGAGUCCGGGCUGUUCAACUGCAAAAGCUUCUGUGGCAGCGAAGGACCGCAAUCGGAGCUCGUGAAUUCCCAGUGGGCUAGCGUCAAGUUCAAGGCAGAUCUGCUCACUCACUAUAGAGGGUUCACCUGUACCGCCACCGCUGUUGGAAACUCUAAGACCCAGUGGUCACGACAACGGCACCAGUGGCCGUCACAACCACAGCCCCAGUGAUCACCACCACAGCCCCCGUGGUCGUCACAACCACAGCCCCAGUGGUCGUCACAACCACAGCCCCCGUGGUCGUCACAACCACAGCCCCAGUGGUCGUCACAACCACAGCACCAGUGGUCGUCACAACCACAGCCCCCGUGGUCGUCACAACCACAGCACCAGUGGUCGUCACAACCACAGCCCCAGUGGUCGUCACAACCACAGCACCAGUGGUCGUCACAACCACAGCCCUGCCCUGAAUCCCUGCCCACAUCCAUAUCACUACGCCAGAGAGUUAAAGUGUUGAAAUUAGGCACAUCACUUUUAAGAACUUGGAAAGAGAUAUGGCAAUUAAAACGUGACAGGCA